AUGAAAAUUAAUAAGUUUGCAUGCUUUCAUCUCCAUCAAAAUUUUAAUACCAAUCAUAUAAAUAGACGGUUUAAUUAAUCAAAUCAAGAAUAAACUAAGUAUAUCAAUAGAUUAUAAUAUAGAGUAUAAAUGAUAAUGGAUUAUUAAUUUAUAGAUCAAAUAAAUAGUAUUGAUCAAAGCAUUGUAAAUAAUAAUAAAUAUUCUGCUUAUUUUACAAACUCAAGUUCUUAAUUAGCUAUUUUAAAUGAUUAAAUAUUAGUUGCUUAAAAAGAUUCCAUUUUAUUCUAUGAUUGUAUAAUAGAUCAAUUCUCUUCAGAAAAUCUUUCAAAUUAUUUUCCUAAUUAAUAAUUAACACUAAAUUAUGGAAAUAUUAUAUCUUUGCACAAUAUAAGAAAUUAAAUAAUAGUAAGGACAGAAAAGACUAUUUUAAUUUUCUAAACUAAUUAGUAAAAUGUAUAUCAAAAAUUCAAUUUUAGUUAAUAUUAUCAAAAGUAUUUACAUAUGAGAAUAUUUUAUAAUUAAAUUUUGAGAUCAAUAAGUUAUUUCUAUGUUUAGAGGAUAAGCUUGUACUUAUUGAUUUGAUAUCAUAUUAAAAUUAAGUAAUUCUUAAAGAUACAUAAAUAUAAGCAGGAUUUUAUGUAGAAAAUGAUUACUAUUACAUUAAAAAGAAUUCAAAUAUUUUAAAUAGUUCAAUAAAAGAAUUUAAUUUAAAUGUAAAUAUCAAUUCAAUAUAAAUUAAAUCAAUCUUUAUUAUUAAAAAUUUAUUAUGUAUUUGUGGAUAUCAAUUACAAAAUUAAAAUAUUUUAGAAAAAAUAUCUUAUUAUGCUGAAAUCAUAUGGUUUGAUUUGGCAUCAAAUAAUUUCAAUUAAUAAAUAGACAAUUUAAAAAUAGAUCUUAUUAAUGAAACAAAUAAUAAUGGAGACUUUGGAAUGUAAAUUAUGGGGGAACUUUUUAUUCUUUAUGGAACAAAUUUAAGUACACUAAUAUUUUGGAAUUUGGAAUAUUUAAAUAUAUUAAAUAAUAAUAAUAAUAAUAAAAAUAAGAAAGUAGAAAUACUUAAAACUUAAGGAAUUAGAGGCUUAACUUUAAUGAAUAAAGAUUAAUAUCAUAUAAUUAAAAAAAGUUAAGAAUCAUUUAGUAGUACUGAUGAAUAUCCCAUAAUAAUAAUAAUAGAUGAUUAUGGAUAUUUAAAUGCUUAUGAAUUUAUAAAUUAAUAAGAAUUUUCAAAUGAUUUAUCAAGAUAAUAAGAAUAUGAAUGGGAUAAAUCAUUUAAUACAAAUUAUUAUUAAUAAUUUGAUGAUAUUUAAUUUACUGUAGUAUAAAAUGAUCCUAGAGAAAUUAUGAAUUUAGCAAAUCCUCCUUUUAAUUUUUAAUUAAUUACAAAAGUAAAUGAUUCAUAAAUAGUUUUUGGUAGUGGUAAAAUUGAUCAUAUAUUUCAUUUACAUUAAAAUUGGAUUUCUUCUGCUAAUUUAGCUAUAAAUUAUAAGCAUUUUUAAGUUAUAGGACAUGAAAGAGAAAUCUUAAUUUUAAAUCCAUUAACUAUUUAAUAGAUUCUACUUGAUUUACCACAUAAAUGUUAAACUUAUUAAAUUACAUCUCAUCCUUGUGAACUUAUAUAUGGUUUAUAUUAAUUUUAAGAAUAAAUACUUAUUUAAACAAAUUCAUCUCUUUAUUUAUGCAAUUAUCUCGAUAAUUAAUGGAUAACUAAGAAGAUUUUAAAUUAAAAUUCAAUAAAAAGAAUCUCUAUUUUAGAUGAUUACAUUUUACUCAAAAUUAAAACUUAUACUGAUUAAUUCGUAUUAUAUUAAUACAAAAAUGAUAUUUUAUAAUAAAUUACAACUCAUAGUAAUGAUGCAAGUUGUAUAUUCAAAUUAAAAAAUCAAAUAUCUUUACUUUAAAUAUUAGAUAACUAAUUAUAUAUUUUAUAAGAUUUUGAGAAUAAAGAAUAGAUUUCUAUAGAUAUUGAUAUUGUAUAUUCUAAAGAAUAUUAUAUCAAAUAAAUACAUGAAAAUCAUCUUUAUUUAUCAUUUGCAACAUUAUCUUAAAAUUAAUUUGAACAUUACAUUUUAUAUUAUGAUCCAUUAAAAAAAUAAGCUAAAUAACAAAAACAUCUUGAAGACUUAUUGUAAAAUGUGAAAUACAAUCAUUUAUUAACUAAAAUUACAGAAUCAGAUUGGAAUAUAACUAUAAUAUAAACUCAUGAAGCUAAAUUUAUUAUUGUUAUUCCAAAUGGAAUUUAGGAUGGAUUUGUAUUAUAAGUGUGUGGUUAAGAUUUGAGAACUAUAGAUGAUUACGAAGGAAAUCCUAUCCAUCUUCCUUCAUUUUCUCAUAUUAUCAAAGGAGUAUCAGUAUUAAAUUAUGUUUUACCUUAUGAAGAAUAUCUAGGUUCUAGACCUGGACUUUAUAAAGUGAUAAGAGAUAACAAAGAAUUUAAUUAUUAAUGUUAACCAUCUAUUUUGAUUUAUGAAUUUGAUGAGAAGGGUUCAUUAACUAUUCAUAGAUUUUUAAUAAUAAAACUUAAAUUACAAGGAUAAUAAAUGCCUAUUUUGAAUGUAUAAUUUGAUAGUCAAUAAUCAGAUGAAAAUUAAAAUACUCUUAAAAUAUCUCGUACAGAAUCUCUUGUAUCUUUACAGCCACCUCCAUCUCCAUCAUAAAUGUGUCACAUUAUUCCAUCCAAGGCUGCUUUGAUUACGCAGUAAUUAUUAGACUUAUGUUAGCAAUCGAUUCUAUAAUUUAACUAAACAUAUGAAUAUUCUAAAUUAUAUCCAUACUUUCCAAUUUUUACUUCAUAAUACAUUUUUGAUGAUUUGUACUCUAAAUAUUAUUAGAUUUAGAAUAAUAAAUAUAUAAACCUAAUAAAACUAAAAGAUAAAUCUAUAAUCCAAUAAUAUUAUCUUUUGAAAAAUUUAGUAAAUAUACCUAAAGUACAACUAAAUCAUUUUAUUAUUGAAGAUAUGCUUGAAUAAUUAAAAUUUUUAUCAUUUCAUUUUUCUAAGAUAUGUACUUUUGUAAGAAUGAAUUUAAAUUCAAGAAAUAUUUAAAUUGAAAAAUAUUUCAAUAAUCAAUUUUAUAAUUCAUAAUAACAUUAGAAUAUUAAAAAAUCAAAACCACCACGAAAAAUAGUUUUUAAUGUAGAUGAUUAAAAAAUUGAAUCUGAUAGAUCACAAGAUGAAUUCAUUAAAAAAUUAUGUUAUCAACCUAAAUCUAAAGUGAAAUAUCUAGUUUUAGAUUAUAGUAUUUAUCAAUAGAUGGCUCAUUUUAGAUAGCCAUAAAAUAAUUAAUAGAUAUCCAAAGAUAAUUAAGUUUUUAAUUUAUAAAAUACACUUUAAGCUUCAUCAUUUGAUUAAGAAAUUUCGAUUUAAGAAUAAAGCUAAACAGAAAGUAUGAUACUUGGAUAUGCUGCUUAAAGUUAAAUUAGUUCAAAUAGUUUACAAAAUGAUAAUUUGAUAUUUCAAGAAUAAUAAUAGCUACAAAUAUUUCAGUCUCCAAGUAAAAAUCCAUUUGAUUCUGAAACAUUAAGUAAUCUUCACAACAAUCCAUUAGUAGAAUCCAUCAUUUUUGAUAACAUAGAUAUAAAAUCUUAAAAGGAAUUAUCAAAUAAUUUCGAUUUAGAUAUGAAAAAACCUUAAUCUUCUUGUUAAAGUAAAUAAAAGAUUGAAUAAAUACCAAGAAGUAAAUUUAAGAUGACAGAUGUUUAAGAAGAAAAACAUUAAUUGAUCUUUUCAAAUAUUGAAAAUUCAAAUAAUGAAUAGAUUAAAUAAUAAUCUAUAAAAACUCCAAAUUUCAAUAUUAAUGACAUAAAUUAACACAACUUUUAACAAUGGUAGAUAAAGAAUAGUAAAAUAAAUUAAACUGAAUAAUUUUUGAAAACAUCAAUAGAUAUCUUUGAUUUUGAUUAAAAAAAAGAAGAAAAUUGA